AUGUCUAACACACAAGUAUAUUGGCGAAAUCAAGCAAAAGAUGAACUUCAUAAAUAUUUAAAAUCACAGAAAAUUGAGAAAGUCGCAAGAAAUGUGAUUUUCUUCCUGGGUGAUGGAAUGAGUAUACCCACUAUAACAGCAGCUAGAAUAAGACAAGGUCAACUUAACAACAAAACAGGAGAAGAAAAUGUACUCAGCUGGGAGAAAUUCCCACAUGUUGCAUUAUCCAAGACAUAUAAUCAGGAUCAUCAAACACCAGAUUCGGCGGGGACUGCAACACAAUUUCUGUGUGGUAUAAAAACUAACUCUGGGGUUUUAGGAGUAGAUGGUAGUGUUAAGCCAAAAGAUUGUUCUUCAAUGACUGACAAGUCAAAGGUCACAUCGAUUGCAGACUGGUCAUUAGAGAAAGACAAAUCUGUAGGAAUUAUAACAACUACAAGAAUUACUCAUGCAACACCAGGGGCCGCAUAUGCCAAUACAGCAUAUCGGAACUGGGAAGUUGACUGGCAAUUAGAAAAUGUUACCAACAAAGAAAAUUGUCCUGAUAUCGCAAAACAAUUAAUCAAUGACUACAAAUCAAGCAUUAAGGUAUUGAUGGGAGGAGGACGGCGAUAUUUCCUACCAAGCAACGAAUCUGAUCCUGUCAUUGGGUUGAACAACAAAGAUGGAAGGAGAGACAACAGAAAUUUGAUUGAAGAAUGGAUUAACGAUAAGCAACAAAGAAAAGUUAAUUAUGAAUACGUAUGGAAUGCUACAGAAUUCAAUAAUAUUGAUCCUAGAUCUACUGAAUAUAUUUUAGGCUUAUUCAACUCUGAUCACAUGUCAUUUGAGUUGGAUAAAGCUAGUCAGCCUGUACCGGAACCCACGUUAGCAGAAAUGACAGAAAAAGCUAUCAGAACAUUACGUAUGCACGACAAUAAUAAAGGCUACUUUCUUCUUGUAGAGGGAGGAAAAAUAGACUGGGCUCAUCACUUUGGAGAAGCGGAUUACGCAUUAUCUGAAACUAUUGCAAUGGCUGAUGCUGUUGCUGUAGCUGAUAAUCUCACGAGUGAUGAGGAUACUCUCAUAAUCGUCACAGCUGAUCAUUCGCACACGAUGACUAUUGUUGGAUAUCCUGACAGAGGCAAUCCUGUACUUGGUCUAGUUAAAACCAAUGGGAAAGUUGCUAUGGCUGGGGACAAUUUGCCAUACACCACACUUGCAUAUGCAAAUGGACCAGGUGCAGUGCAAAGUCCAAGGAGGAAUCUAACUGGUGAACAUACAGACGAGAAAGAUUUUCAUCAGCAAUCCGCAAUAAAAAUGGGUCUGGAGACACAUGGGGGAGAUGACGUUGCUAUCUUCGCGCGAGGUCCAAUGUCACAUCUGUUUCAGGGUGUUCAUGAGCAGCAUUAUAUUGCGCAUGUCAUGGCGUUUGCCUCCUGUGUUGGAGAAUAUGCUAAAGAAAAGGACUGUGCUGCUGCAAUUGCUAAUCCGCCAAAAUCUAAACCAGUUAACCCCAAUCCAAGUAACAGAGGAGAGCAGAAUACUAAUAGUAUAUUUUUGUUGAUGUUAUUAGUUUUUAUUACUGUUUAAAAAAAAAUAUACUGGUGAACUGUUUGUUAAA